AUGGUUCUCGAGACUUCGCGCGGGAUCUUGCAGUCGUUGCCUGGAGACGGCGCAUCCUGGGAAGGCCGGGCGCUUUGGUUUGUUGGUCCAGGCAGGCGGGAAACCGCAACCAUGGCGCCCAAAAAGAAAGGGAAGAAAGGCAAAGGCAAAGGCACUCCGAUUGUUGAUGGGCUGGCUCCGGAGGACAUGAGCAAGGAGCAGGUGGAGGAGCACAUCGGCCGCAUCCGGGAGGAGCUGGACCGCGAGCGAGAGGAGCGCAACUACUUCCAGCUGGAGCGCGACAAGAUCCACACUUUCUGGGAGAUCACACGGAGGCAGCUGGAGGAGAAGAAGGCUGAGCUGCGGAACAAGGACCGGGAGAUGGAGGAGGCCGAGGAGAGGCACCAGGUGGAGAUUAAGGUCUACAAGCAGAAGGUGAAGCACCUGCUGUACGAGCAUCAGAGCAGCCUGACGGAGAUGAAGGCGGAGGGCACCGUGGUCAUGAAGCUGGCGCAGAAGGAGCACCGUGCACAGGAAGGGACGCUGCGCCGGGACAUGCGGGCGCUGAAGGUGGAGCUGAAGGAGCAGGAGCUGGCCAACGAGGUGAUGGUGAAGAACCUGCGGCUGAAACACACCGAGGAGAUCACCAAGAUGCGCAACGACUUUGAGAGGCAGGUGCGAGAAAUCGAGGCCAAGUACGACAAGAAGAUGAAGAUGCUUCGGGACGAGCUCGACCUGCGCAGGAAGACAGAGAUCCACGAGGUGGAGGAGAGGAAGAACGGCCAGAUCACCACGCUGAUGCAGCGGCACGAGGAGGCCUUCACCGACAUCAAGAACUACUACAACGACAUCACCCUCAACAACCUGGCUCUCAUCAACUCCCUCAAGGAGCAGAUGGAGGACAUGAGGAAGAAGGAGGAGCACAUGGAGAAGGAGAUGACGGAGGUGGCCAUGCAGAACCGGCGCCUGGCGGACCCCCUGCAGAAGGCUCGGGAGGAGAUGAAUGACAUGCAGAAGAAGCUCGGGGGCUAUGAGAGGGACAAGCAGAUCCUGGUGUGCACAAAAGCCCGUCUGAAAGUCACUGAGAAGGAGCUGAAGAGCCUGAGGUGGGAGCACGAGGUGCUGGAGCAGCGAUUCAUCAAGGUGCAGCAGGAGCGGGAUGACCUGUACCAGAAGUUCACCACGGCCAUCCUGGAGGUGCAGCAGAAGGCGGGUUUCAGGAACCUCAUCCUGGAGCGCAAGGUGCAGGCACUGGUUGCUGCUGUGGAGAAGAAGGAGGUGCAGUUCAAUGAGGUGCUAGCAGCCUCCAACCUGGACCCCGCGGCUCUGACCCUCGUGUCCCGCAAGCUGGAGGACGUUCUGGAAUCGAAGAACAGCGCCAUCAAGGAUCUGCAGUACGAGCUGGCCCGGGUGUGCAAGGCCCACAAUGACUUGCUGCGCACAUAUGAGGCAAAGCUCCUGGCCUUCGGAGUCCCCCUGGACAACGUGGGUUUCAAGCCCCUGGAGACCGCUGUGAUCGGGCAGACGCUGGGACAGGGCCCUGCAGGACUUGUGGGCACCCCAACGUAGCCCCAGCCUGGGUGAGGUCCCCCCACAGCAAAGACAGCAGGUUCUUUUUCCCAUAUACAGAAGAACCUAAAAAGUACUGAGAAGCAAGUUAGAG